UCUGCGCAGGCCCCGCCGGGCCGGCCCCGGCCGCCAUGUGGGUGUUCGGCUACGGCUCCCUCAUCUGGAAGGUGGAUUUCCCCUACCAGGAGAAGCUGGUGGGGAGCAUCCGCGGCUACAGCCGGCGCUUCUGGCAGGGCAGCACGGACCACCGCGGGGUGCCGGGCAAGCCUGGAAGAGUUGUGACCCUGGUUGAAGAUGCUGAGGGCUGCGUGUGGGGCGUCGCCUACAGACUGCCAGCCGGCAAGGAAGGAGAGGUGAAGGCCUACCUGGAUUUCCGGGAGAAGGGAGGCUACAGGACCACCACGGUGAUCUUCUACCCCAAGGACCCGUCGGUGCAGCCCUUCGACGUGCUGCUGUACAUCGGCACCCGCGACAACCCCAACUACCUGGGCCCCGCGCCGCUCGAGGACAUCGCGCGCCAGAUCCUGGGCGCCGCCGGGCCCAGCGGCAGGAACACGGAAUACCUCUUCGAGCUGGCCAACUCCGUCAGGAACCUGGCGCCAGAGGAUGGGGAUGAGCACCUCUUCUCCCUGGAGACGCUGGUCAAGGAGCUCCUGAGCAAGCACCAGAACCUCAACUGUCUAUAAAGGGCUUGACAAGCUGGCUGUGCCUUGGGAGGAGAGGUUUUUGUCGGCGGUGUGACCUCUGGUUAAUACUGCGUAUCUUAAUCGAUGCUGCACUCAGAAUUAGGAGCUGGUUACUUCAAGCAAAACUGCCAAAAUAGUUUCUUUCAGGAGUCCAGGAAAAACAGCAAGCAAGGAGAGCAUUCUGGGUCUGAAUCUGGUGUCUGAGCUUUUCAUCCUCAAGACAACCACUUCAACUUCUCCUUGUGUUUUAUUAUUAUUUCAGGUUUAAAAUAAAUCCUCAGAAUAUUUUUCAGAUCAAAAUCAGCAUGGAGAGAGACAAGUUCCAUAGAUUUAAGUGACAGUUUGCUCUGAUUCCAGACCACAAGGCAGGAAUUUUAAUUGUGUAGUAUAGAACAUUGAUAUCAGCAUUCAGCUCCUCUGAAAUGAAGUUAUGCCACUGAAAUAGGCAUCUCACCCUUUUUAUGUUAAUUUAUCCUUAAAAUGCAGAGGAUAAACCAAGGAAAUAAUUCCUUCCCUUGGCUGCUGCUGCCAAGCCCUGAAAACCAAAGCUCUGGGCACUCUGACUCAAAGAAGCCAUAAGCUAUCAGUGCCUCAUUUUAAUUUUUAACCCUAAUAUAAAGAAUAACCCCAAAAUAUUAAAAUUAACUAAGAGCAUGACUUGAAGUCACAGCACAGCAAGAAACUCUCAGGUGCUGUUGUGGCCCCACCUCUUCAAAAAUCCCAGCUCCAGGGAUAGAUCUGAGUUUCAGGGAUGCACCCCAGAAGGUAAUUAAGGAAAAAACCCUUUUUCCAGUAAGUUUAGGGGUGUGUAUGGACCUGCCAAGAGGGUUGGGAACCCCCAGUUUAGGCUGGUAGGUUUCCUGACGCACUCCCAUCAGCACAUGGAAUAUCCGUCCCAACAUGGAAUUGUCUUGCUCCUCAAAAAUUUGUAUUUUUAUUAACUUUUAACCGAGUAUAUUUUUAUAUCUUAAUAUCAAAGGUCCUGUUUUCCCAUCUAGGGAAUGUGUAAGUGUUUAGUAGCAGCCUGGAAGUCUGGAUUCUGCAUCAGUAAUUGCAGAAAAGGUGUUUUUUCCCCUAAAAAGUUUGACCUUUUCUGUUCUUUACAUCUUCCUGGUUUAUUAUUUGUGAAGGUAAAAAUGUGCAAUGGCACUCUCUGCUUUCUUGAAAAUUCCUUCUGGAUUUAAAAGUUCUUUCCUCAAAGACUUUUCCUUGUUCCUUAAAGCAGGGCAAGGGAUGCUUGUGCUCAGCCAUGACCCAGAACCAUCAGGGCUGAUUCUCUCUUUGAAAUGCGAAUUAUUUAAGUACUGUGAUUCUGUGUAGCUCCACAUUCUCUCUCUUUAAUUGUCUCCAAGGCUCUGUUGGUUGCUCCCCAGAUCCAUAAACCAUUGCAAUAAUACACGUUCCUCUGUGUGUGUGUACGACUUCAGUGCAAUAAAAACGCAUUACAGUGACUGA